AUGGCAAACACCGGAAACGCACCUCCUGUCGGCCAGGAGAACAUUAACACCGAUAUCGUCACUCUCUCCCGCUUCUUGACGGAGGAGCAGACCAAGCACCCCGAAGCUUCAGGAGACUUCACCCUUCUGUGCCAUGCCUUGCAAUUUUCCUUCAAGUCCAUCGCCUACUACAUCCGUCGCGCCUCCCUAAUUAAUCUUACGGGUCUUGCCGGUUCGUCCAACACAACAGGUGACGACCAAAAGAAGCUCGACGUCAUCGGAAAUGACAUCUUCAUAUCUGCCAUGAAGGGCUCAGGAAAGUGCCGCAUUCUAGUCUCAGAGGAAGAGGAGGAUGUUAUCAAAUUUGAUGAACACCCCGAUGCCCGCUACGCAGUCGUCUGUGACCCCAUCGACGGUUCCUCCAACCUGGAUGCCGGUGUCUCGGUUGGUACCAUCUUCGGUAUCUUCCAAUUGCCCGACGAGCUCCUCGGCGCAAACAAGACCGUCGGACCUGAAGCUCUCCUUCACCCCGGAACUAGCCUUGUCGCCUCCGGCUUCACCAUGUACGGUGCCUCUGCUCAAUUGGUCAUCACCAUGCGUGGUGGCGGUGUGAACGGCUUCACCCUCGAAAACUCCCUGGGCGAGUUCAUCCUUACCCACCCCAACAUGAUCCUUCCUGCCAAGCGCUCCAUCUACUCUGUCAACGAGGGUAACUCCAAGUACUGGGAUGAGUGGUGCAACCAGUACUUCCACUCUCUUAAGUACCCUGCCGAGGGCGAGAAGCCUUACAGUGCUCGUUAUAUCGGUUCCAUGGUUGCUGAUGCUUAUCGUACUCUGCUGUACGGUGGUAUCUUCGCUUAUCCCGCGGACUCCAAGAGCCCCAAGGGUAAGCUCCGUAUUCUGUACGAGUGCGCGCCUAUGGCUAUGUUGUUCGAGAAUGCGGGUGGUCUGGCUGUGAACUCUCGUAUGGAGCGAUUAAUGGAGGUUGUCCCUGAGCAUAUCCACGAUAAGAGUGGUGUGUUCCUUGGCUCUAAGGAUGAGGUGCAGAAGGUCAUUGAUAUGUACAACAAGUACAACAAAUAA